AGUUGUCAGUGUCAAGUCAAACAAAACGUCAUUAUUCACCGGAGUUGCACGUAUUUUCUUUGGCACUUCAUGUAUUUCAUUAUUUCAAAUAAUUAUCACAUGUAAAAAUGGCAAACUUUACAACAGACGGCAAAUUAUGCAUAGAACGGGAGCUGGAAAUCAGUAACAUAAAAGAACAGUUCGACGAUUUAAUAUCACGGUUUGAUAUUGUGGAAACAUGUCAAUGGAUAACCAACAAUGACUUCAAAACGGUUUGCCUUCAAUUUCCUGAUGAGCUGUUAAGUGUGAGUGCAAAGAUUUAUGAAGAAAUCAAGAAGAAGGUUGAUGUUGAUCUUUAUAUUCUUGGAGACACUUCUUACGCCAGUUGCUGUGUGGACUCAGUAGCUGCUAUGCAUGUGCAGGGCAAUGCUGUUGUUCAUUAUGGUCACACAUGCUUCUCCAAAACCAACAUUCCUGUAUUCACAGUGCUGCCAAAGAAACAACUGCAAGUUGAAGAAAAUAUGAAGACACUACUAGAACAUUUUAGCUCUGAUGAAAAUGUUAAACUAUGUUUGUUUUAUGAUGCUGAAUUUGAACAUUGUAUAGAAAGCAUUUCCAAAUACUGGUUCCAAUCCUACCCUAAAAGCUACAUUUCCUAUGUGGAGAUAGAAGAGAAACCAAAUAGGUUCCUUGGCAGAGUGGUCAGGAACAAAGACGGUGAGGAGUUCUCUGUGGAAGCCUUGGCGGACUGCAUCUGUAUUCAUAUAGGGUCAAGAGGGCAGACAGUCUUCAAUUAUAGCAUAUCUAUUGCAGCUUCUGAAUGGUACCUACAGGACCCUGAUACAAGGAAGGUGGAUCAUCUGGAGGAGACUGUGUGGUUCAAGCGCCGCAGAUUCCUAGUUGAAAAGUGCAAGGAUGCUAAUGUUGUGGGCAUUCUUGUGUGCAAGUUGGCUGGAGAUCAGACCAAGGACAUUAUCAGUAGGAUGAAACAGCUGUGUAAAGUUAAUGGGAAGAAAAGUUACAUAGUGUCUGUUGGCAAACCUAACGUAGCCAAGCUGGCAAAUUUUCCUGAAAUUGAUAUCUAUGUAAUGAUUGCUUGUCCUGAAAAUGACCUUUAUAGUGCCAGAGAUUUCUACAAACCAAUAGUCUAUCCUUAUGAAUUAGAAGUAGCUCUGAAUGCUAACAGAGAACCAUAUUUCUCUACACAUGUCACUGAUUAUGACCAACUGUUGCCUGGCAGACGUAAUUAUUGUGAGAUAGACCACAUCAAGGAGACAAUGGAUGUCAGCCUUAUUACAGGAAAGAUAAGAGAGACCAAAGUAGACGCAAAUGAAGGUACUAGUACAGAACUAGCAGAGAAACAAAACUGGGCUCUAGAAAGUAUAGGACAAAGUCUUCAAGACAGGACAUGGACAGGACUGGAACAAAACCUAGGAGAAACAGAAGUGAAAAAGGCAGAAAAGGGCCGCAAGGGCAUUGCCCUUCAAUAUAGUAAUGAACCAGAGUGAAUUUAGAAUAAUUGUAUUUAAUAUUUACAAUGUGUUGGGAUAGUCUAGUACAAAAUGUUUAUGACCUAAUAUGUAAGACUGCAUUUUAUGAAAUAAAUUAGUAAUAACAUUACAGUA